AUCUGAUACGUAACGAGAAAUUGAAGGACCGACCAUGUUGACAAUAUUCCUGUCUAGCGAGAUAAUCACAUUCAUUGAGGCAUAACAACGGCUACGCGGUCUAUGAAAAGCCUCCAAACAAUGGAACCAAAUUAAGGUUACUGGAUGCCAACCGCCGGCAGCAGCAUCCUGAUUCCUCAGUUCCUUGGACUGCCCGUCAGCAGGCUCGGGAUGAGGGUCAAACGGCCAAAGAGCAGCAAACCCACAACAAAAACAACGCCAACAGCAAACUGCUGUUUGUUUUGUUUGCAGGUGUGGCUGACUUAAACAGUCACGUGAGAUGGAUUAUCAAGCAUCACGUGCAUGUAUUCAGCUUGAAGAACGCCACUCGCGAUUCUUGAUUUACAACUUUCUCAACAACCCUACCAGGACAAUUCAUUGACGAUGGCGGAUGCAGCACCCCCAGUCGCUUUCAAGAAGCGCGGCGUAAAGAAAGCCAAUUUCCGCAAAAAGCCCGACUCACCACCACCAGAUGCGGAUUCAGAUUCAAGCUUCACUUCCUCUGACGACGAAGAGGGCCGCCGGAUCAAACGACGGCGCAAGAAUGCAGUCGUGUCAGCCUCCUCUGCAUCCAAUACGCGACGGCAAGAUACCAGUGAUGAGCAAAUCAAACCCACCGACGCCCUUCCCUUGACCUCUUCCAACGAUGCGACAAAACACUCCAACUGGUACGAUGAUGAGUUGAACGAGAAAAACCUCCUGGGCACCACGCGGGCCCGUCCAGAUACUUCAGCACCCUCUGCGCCUGACGGCACAUACAAGGGUGCUUCCAACUACCAAUCAUUUAUUCAAAAGAAUCCUAACGCUCCCACAAAACAGUUUGGGCCGAUCAAAGCGCCGACCAAUGUCCGGACAGUCACAUUUACGGAUUAUGCGCCGGACGUUUGCAAGGACUACAAAUUGACGGGCUUCUGUGGAUAUGGUGACUCCUGCAAGUUCACUCAUAUGAGAGAGGAUUACAAGUCAGGCUGGGAAUUAGACCGGGAUUGGGACGUCAGCACAAAGGGCAAGAAUUUGACUGGAAAGGUUGUAUCACAGCGAGGAGGCAAAGCCGGCGAGGAAGACGACGAUGACGAGGAAGAACUCGAGAAUAUUCCCUUUGCCUGCCUUAUCUGCAAAAAACCAUACCAGAACCCUAUCGUCACGAAAUGCGGGCAUUACUUCUGCGAGUCUUGCGCUUUGCAACGCUAUCGAAAGAGUCCAUCUUGCGCCGUCUGCGGGGCAGGUACUGGCGGUGUUUUCAACGUUGCCAAGAAGCUGAAUGGUCUGCUCGAGAAAAAGAGAGAGCGUGCCCGAAAGCGGCGGGAGCAGGCAAUCGAGAAUGGGGAAGAACCAAGCAGUGAUGAAGAGGAAGAGGAGGAAAGCUCUUAAUUCAGUCAAUUAGUCGCUGUGUGGAUGUACUAUAAACUACAAUAUAUAAUGCACGAAAAGGCCACAGCUGGUCUGUGGCCACUGAGUCCUAGAGUCUGCGCAAUCAGUAUCCUCUGUGUAGCUCCAUUUUCAUGAAACCGCG